AUGAGAAAGCUUAAGAUCAAGGACUCUGGAUCUUACUGGUGUGCUGUAGAGAUCCAGGCCGCUGGAGAUAAGGGAGCAUAUCUGCACCUGUCAGUCACUGCAGUGAGUAAAGUAGUUGUACAGAGUGGAAGAUCUGUCACCAUCCCAUGUCUCUAUGAUAGAGAAUAUGAAAAUCAUACGAAAUACUGGUGUUAUGGGUCAUACUGGAAUAAUUGUGAAACUGUAGUACGCACUGACUCUCCAACAGUUAAAGGUGAAACAUCAAUCACUGAUGACCCCACCCAUCAUGUGUUCACUGUUACCAUGAGAAAGCUUCAGAUGAUGGACUCUGGAUAUUACUGGUGUGCUGUAGAGAUCCAGCGCGGUGGAGAUAAGGGAGCAUAUCUGCACCUGUCAGUCACUGCAGACACUCCUGGACUCUGGGUUGAGCAGCAGGAGGUGGCCGGUGUGGAAGGGGGCCAUGUCAGUGUGCCGUGUCACUAUAAUGAAACGAGCAGCAUGAAGAAGUGGUGCAGGACAGAGGGCUCCUGUGUGGAAGUGAAUUCUGGUGAAUCUGGUAAAUCUGGAAGGUCAGAGAUGAAAGAUGACCGCUCUAAAAAGAUCUUCACUGUGACGGUGAGGGAGCUAAACAUGGAGGACACCAGCUGGUAUUGGUGUGCUGCUGGAGAACUACAGAUCCCUGUUCACCUCACUGUCAAAACUACUACUACCACAGUCACCACACAUACCAUCAAGUCUCCCUCUCAAUCCCGUAAGAACAAUACACUGAUCACCACAACAGAAGGGGCCUUUAAUGAUGGAAAGACCAGUCCCCCGGAACAAGGAAGCCAGCUGUGUUCUGGGUGA